UACCGUCUGAUUCAGCAUUAUUAGAGCCUGCAUCUAGUCAGUUACACGAGCCUGAGCCUAAGUCCAUACCCGAACCAGACCCACUCGCAGUCAAAGACAUGACGUUCUGCGAGAACACUGAUCCUGAAACGCACCACCUAGAGAACAUCACGUCGACUGAACAUCACGACGAGUCCAGACCUAAGAGAGCAGCGGCGCUUCGUGCUCUUGAGAAGAUUAAGGAGUGGACCAGCAACUUAGUCGCAGUUUUGCUGCCUGUAGUGGGGAGUGUCGCGACCAACGCGAAACUGUAGAGCCCAAGAAUAUUCCCCUGCGGCAACACUGGCGGCGCCCUCUGGGUGGAGCCAUAAUCACGGAGUGACAAUCAGCCGCCGUAACAUAAAAGCAAGCGAAGCAGAUUAGAGGCUCACCUGGCCCCGAGAAGGUUGGGACAGCGUGAGCGUGGAUGAGGAAUCAUCUACAGAGAAGUCAGGAACGCUAGCUUAAAUUCAAGUUUGUUGCAACGCACCAUAGAUCUGCAGUACGAGAAUAAAAAGCGCUCUUAUUCCUUAAAAUGGAGUAUGAUAAAUGGCUUUCUGUUCGUCGUCUUCGUUUACGAUUUAUCUUGCAAAUGCCCAAACUACACUUCGGCGUUCCACUACGCAGAGUAUGCCUUGGCUACAGUGUUGGGCAUAAGUUUGAUACAGCAUGGCUACCAGCUGUUCAAGCGGAGCCCACCGUUGGCCAUCACACCAAGGCAGCGCGAUUUGCUUGGAGUCGGUGAUGCAGACACAUCAUUCCGCAUAAUCGAGCAGCAAUCUCUGUCCUCCCACUCAAUCUCGCCGGACGUUUCUUCGCUCUCGGCGUCACUGUCUCCGCGGUGGCGCCGUAACGCCGACGCCGGCAGUCGCUCCGCGUCGGCGUCGCCGCCGGAGCCGCCGCGCGCCGACACCACUCCCGAUUGCUUCAUCUCUGACUACUCCGAGCUCGACCACUAUCUCAAACAAUAUGAAGAGCGCAGCAUCCUGGAGUCUUCCCUUAACGUCAGCACUAGCAGCCCUACGCCCAUGCCCCCGCCGCACUACCAACUAGCCACCUUAGAUAUAGAAAGUAAACUAGAAGACUCUGGCGCCAAUGACCGCAGCGGACUUAGCGGAGCUCCUCAAGUGUGGUGGCGCCUUCAACUCGACCCUCAGAGGCUCACCGAUUGGAACCUCAAUUUGAGACUGUGGCUCCAUGUAACGAUUUUGGAGCGUCUAGUGCGAGAAAUGGCGGCCGUGGACGAAGCGCUAUCCAGAAUAGGUCUGCACGACGUCAAAUUGGGACAUGUAUCUGUGGAGCGUCUUAGACAGAGUGCAAAAACCGUUGGCUGCGGAUCCCUGGCUGCCGUCCUGCCUUUCCUCGAGGCUUUUCCUGACCAGAAGUACCUCGUGCAAAGGAUUAAAGAACUGGCAGUUGGUGGUUGCCUUAGCAACUACAAAUGGAACGGCGGCGGCAGCGACUAUGAUGACAACAAACCAACAGAUGCAGAGAUAGUGCUACAUUUACUAGCCACCUACCUCGACGGACAGUUACCUGACGUCGGCCGUAAGGCGUUCACAGAGGGCCACAUAUCUAGCGCGCCUUCACCACCGCCGCGCGGCGCCGGUGCGUUGUCUAUACACAAAGUUACCAGUCGGCCGCCGCACUACGUACUAGCGUUAGAAGAUGAUACUAUUGAGGUAUGUCGCGGUCGAAAUAACCUCCUUCACACAAUACUGCUGCUCAUCGCUGCUUGUGCGCGACGCACCCCACCCGCGCUUCACCGAGUGCAUCUCGGCCCAGCCGGCCUCAACAUGCUGUGGAUAAUAUCGUAGGCGUGCACAUAAUACCAUGCCAUACUCAGUUACUCACACUCGUAGGCUUAGAUAAUCAUAUCAAAUUGUUUAGUGAUCUGGAUUGGGUCAUAGAUGUGAUACUAUCACACCAAUCAAAAACUCGCAUUGUGUGUAUAGAUACUUACAAGUAUGUUGUGGUAGAAACAACCUUAUAUAGCGGCUUGCGUGACGCACGUUACACCGGGUGCACCUCGGCCCGGCUCAACAUGCUGUGGAUCAUAUCAUAGGGGUGCACAGAAUACCAUGCCAUACUCUCACUCGUAGGGCACAGUAUAAUAAAAAGUACUAUCGUACUGAGGGCCACCUAGGCUGCAAUCACAUCGCAUGCUGAUUCGGGUUGGGUCACAGA